AUGGCACCGGCAUGGGAGUGGUAUCAGUAUGGCUGUGUUGACGAGACAUUGUCACAUUGCUGUCAUGCUGGAAUGGUACAUAGUCGAUUUGAUGAGAAGAGGGGGAAGAGGAGAAGAGCGAAGAGAAGAGUUGCAAGGUUGUUACAUAAUGCAUUGGCUAGUCAGCUAUCUGCAACGUUCCGUGACAUCCUGUACCUGCCAAUAACAUUGCUAUCUGUCUCGCAUACUUCAUUAACUAGUUAUAAUAUGAGCAGUUGCAUAGCCUUUCAACCAAUUGAAGGCUUAAAAAAAGAAGAAAAAAACAAAACAGGUUACAGGUUAGGUGGUAAAAUUGAUGAUGACCUUUACACUUGUCAAAUUCAAUUUAUGAAUAUAAAUUUCAGACCUAUGAAUUAA